UCUCUACCUCUCCACUUACCGUCAACAAUGGCUGCUCACCGUCUCUCCUACCCGACUCGCUCUUUUUAUCUUCUCAUUAUCUUUUAAUUAACGCUCGUCCCAUCUCUGCAGCCCUACCACACAACCAACUCCUGGAUGUUUACUUUCUCUACAGGAAUGGAAAUAAUAAGUGAAGAACCCGGACAAAGUCCAGAAAAUAGGCGAUUCUAACAACAUUAGUUUUGAAGAAAACAUCAAAAAACGAGGAAGAAGAAACGUUAACGAAACGAUGAUGAGAAGAAUUAGACAGGAACAAUGUGGACUGAUUAUUGAUUUAAAACCUGAACUAUUCUAUUUGAUGUCUGUUUGUUGUUGCUGUUAUUGUUUGGAGUUUGGUGGAGGCCGUAAAACCUGGUAGGGUGUCACACACUCUUAUACAGAUCAACACUGAAUAUAGUGAAAAGACUGAGCAAGGAGAAUAUUUGUCUAAUCUAUUGUUUUCAUUGCAAACUGUAUUGAUAUCUAUCAAAAGAUUCUUUAUUUAUAAGUCUGCAGAAGUGGAACAUCCAAACACAACAGAGCAAAGAAGUUAAAAACAGUAACUCUUCUUUAAUUGUCCAACACCGCCACCACGACGCCAUAUUGUGUAUGUGAAAGCCAGAAGUGAGAGUGUGUGUGUGUGAGUGCUUCGGUGUAUGCGUGUGUGUGUGUGAACAUGGCUGUGAGUCUAUAAAUGUGACUGUGUGUGAGCGUAUAUGUGUGUGUGUGUUUGUUUAUGAAACGAAGAGGAUGUGAACGAAAACAAACACAUCGCCACUUAUUACUUCUUCAUUAACAACAAACACAAUAGAAAAAAAACAAAACAAACAAAAACUGUCGCUACAGACCUCAGGUAAUGUUUUCUCAUUUCUCAAUAAUUGUUGUCUUUUUCUCCUGACACUCUGUUUUGCUUCUAUCCACCGACAUUAUUUGAUCUUCUGUUUAAAAGAAAACGCUACAAACGGACCAAUGUAGUUUAAUCGCACUAGGAAUAUUACAAUCGACCACUACGACCUCCAGAAUCGAAACACUGAUUAUCUUCUCCGUUUCCACAUACCAAAUCCAUAUACACACGCACACGUAUAUAUAUUAUAUAUAAACAUCUAAAAUACUCAACAGUGCAAUCCCCCCUCCUCCUUCCCAUCGUUCUCAGUUGAAUUGAUAUUUACAAGUAUGUAACAUACGUCCUAUCAAAGACUUAUGCCGGGAUACCCUGAUCUCUCUUUUCAAAUAACAAUUUCCUCUCAUUUUUGGAGACAUUUUAUCUGUAUCAUCCUCGUUUUUUAUUCUCUACCAACGUGUUUUAUAGUUUAUUAUAUCUCCUAAAGUUGUGAGGAGAGAUUAAUGUUUAUAUGUCAGUUCCGUUCUUAUUCCAUUCGGAUAUAACGUGUCUUGAAAUCGAUCUCACUUAAUCACGGACUAAGUAAAAUUCACCUAUCACUGUCACCACCAUCACCACUAGAAGUUGUAGUAGCAGCAUUAAAUAAAUAAAUAAACGUCCCGAAAUAAGAAACUGACUAAAUAUAAUUAAGAACUGAUUAAGUUGCUUCAGCUGACCUUAAACCGGAAGUAAGACCACAGUCGGAGAUGAUGGUUUUAUAGUUUCUCACUCGGACACGGAAUAUCAGCAGUAAAUUUACUAUUGUUAACGUCCCCGGCCGAUCAAAGUUAUACUAAAGGAUUAGGCAUUUCUACAUUUUUGAUAUAACCAUAACAGGAUUGAACCUGCAACCUCCAGCGACAUUGACAUCGGGUUUGUUUUGAAUCCCGUUUGUGUUGUAAUCAAUUCCUACUUUCCUGUUUUCUCUUAUCUACCUCCAGCUUACACUUAUUUUUAAAGAUAACUAUGGAAACACACCAGGACGAAAAUAUCAUUGAUAAAGAGUUUAGUAAAAUAGUUUGUACUCUUUAAAUCCUUUACUUUUUAAAUCGUUGCUCAGGAGAUUGCUUUAAGGAAGAUUCUCUGAACGAAAUUCUUGUCUGAACUCUUAACAAACGUUGAAUAAAUAUCACACAUGUUUUUAUCAAACUUUCAUACUUCCAAGUAACAGAAAUUUGGCUAGAAUUAUUCUGAAGCUUCCUUAUUUUUCAUUUCUGAUUCUGAUUUAUUUUAAUCGAAAAACAAAGCAGAAACAUUAAAACUCUCUACCGCUCUCCAAACAAAAAUUGAACUCCAGCCAAUCAGUUGUAUAUAUUGAUGACAAGUUUUAAACUGUCAAAAAUCAGUGAAGUGCCAAGUACAACAAUACUUUCAACAGAAUUUUUUCAAAAGCUCAGUGAGUGAAAAUUGUCUUUAUGCCAUUAACGAAGAACCAGUUUUUGGGCAGUGUCAGCAGUUGCGUUUGUGUUUUAAAUGACAAUUUUGGGGACCAAUUUGAUGGAAUUACCAUAGCAGGAAUACUAAAAGAUGGUUGUUCAAGAUGUAGUGGCAUGUAGCAGAAGCGAUGUAUUGAAUCGCAUGAUGAACGGCGAAAUUCCAAGUGUUCCUAUUAUAACAUUGGCAGGAGUAACUAGUCUUACAGACUUACUGCCUGAGCUUCCCCUGCCAACACCUCUCUCCCCAGCUAUGCACAAUAAAAGUCUCCUCUUUAAUCCGAAAAUUGCUGAUGACGCUCGAAAAAUACUUGAGACUCACGAUGAAACACUAGCUCAGCAGCUUGCUCAUGCUCUGAAACAAACUUCUACAGAUCACAUUGAAUUAAAGGACAGUUUAGCGAGUGAUGCCAUAGAAGGAGAUAUCCCUGAUCUGUUAAAAAUGGUUCUUCGACAGAACCCCAGUGUUUUUCAUACUAAAACUAACAAUGCUACCACCACUACUGCUGGUGUCGGUGGUAACAUUACUACAACUACUUCCACUGCCAGUAGUAGUAGUAGUAGUAGUAGCAGUAGUAGUAGUAGUGGCAGUGGAUUUGAUGUUCGAGGUUUUGACAGUCGAACAGCCCAUCAGAACCUAUCGCAGCAGCAGUCUGCAAACUUCAUUCAAACCAGGCAGCAACAGCAGCAGCAGCACUUACUUCACCCACAACCCCCUCAUGAACUUAUUCAAAGCCAGCAAACACCUCUUCCACAAUACCAUUCGGGUCAUUUUACCAUGCCAUAUCAUCUAAAUCAGAAUAACGUUUCUCCCAGGCUGCAACAAAUGCAGUCAGAUUCAUCACCACGAUACCCAACAAACUCUCAAUAUUCAUCUCAUGCUAAUUUUCUUUCACCAAAUUUGUAUCAACAGCAGCAGCAACAACAACAGUUUCAACAUUUUGCUCAAAAUCAAAGAUUUGAUCAGAAUACUGUGUCACCCCCUCUGGCUGCAGUGGCUGAACACAUCAAUUUAGAUGUAUUAUCUCCACCUGAAUCUGCAGGGUCUGCUUACUCCUGUAAGAGGCGAACCAGUAGUGCCAAAUCUACCUUAGGACCGAAGUGCAGUGACUCUUUCGAGAGCAAGCCUUCCCCUGAGUGUAUGAACAUUUGUCCGGACAUGUCUGGUCGCAGGAAGAGUGGAUCAGAUAACAUGUCCCUGCACCAGUUGCAGUUUGGUCUACAGGGAGAUUCUGCCUCUUGUAGUGGAGAUUUUCACCAGAGUAGCAGAUUACCUGCAUCAUUCACAGCCACUGCUAGUUCUUCCUGUGUAGAGGCAGAUAUGGAGCUGUGUAAACGACGAACACGCAACAUGUCUUCGGAGAAAACAGAUAAAGCAAAGCAGUGUCCCCCCUACCCUAUGGUUCUACAGGAGGAUUAUCUGCUGCAGCAGCAACAACAACAAAGGCAAAUCAAACCAGAAGAUGUCGAAGAGAUAUCUUUUAGUAAGCAAGUUGACCUUUUAGUUGCUAAAAAUUCUAAGCCUAUUGUGGUGUUAGAACUUUUAGAUGCCAAAACACUUCAGUCUGUUGUCUCUGGAGGAAGAAUUAGGACAGAUUGUGACACUAUGAAAAAAAUAAAAAGUACAAAAAGAUUGUACUCAAGUGACGAAGAGGAGGAAAUGGACGAAUCAGCUCGGAAAAAACGUCGGAAGCGACACAAACGUAUGAAUCAGAGGGCAUUAAGUUCCGAGGAGUUAUUUGAUAGUCCAACAUUUAGAAAAUUUGCUCAGUCAGUGGAGUACGUAUUUGAUAGUGCGGAGGAGAUUGAUUUUGGUUCUCUUGAUCCAAACGAUGAUGACACAGAAUGUCCACCAGAAUCCCUUAUUGCAAGACAGGUUCUUGCCGAAAUUUGUGGAGAGGCAGCAAAAUUGAAAGCCCAGAAAGUAACGAAUCAAAUUCCCUCCGAUAAACUUGUAAAGUUACUUACAAUACUUCAGUGGAACGUACGAGAUGGUGUGAAGUUGGCACCAAAUAUAAGACCUGAAGAAGACGAAGAUGAAGAUGACGAAGAGUCUGUAAUGUGGAGAGAAAUGAUGAUGGAGCGAGUGAUGAGGAGUAUGGAUGCAUCUCUAGCAGCUCUUUACAUAAUCACUGCUCCAGAAAUGCCAAAGCAGGUAUAUUUAGAUGAUGUUAUUGAAAGAAUCAUUCUAUUUGGUAAGUGGCAGCUUCAGAAUACAAUUUACCCAGAGUUUGAUCCUGUAUAUAAAAUAGAUCCUCAUGCAAAAGGAGGUUACCAAGGUAACCUGAAAUCCAAACGAGCUCGUACCCACUCAGUAAAGCACAAAGCUACAAUAACUUUAUAUAAUAAACUUUGUGAGCUCAUCAAGGCUCUGAGUGAGUUGUUGCACAUUCAAGAACUGACAGACACAGUCAUUUUGCAAGUGUCUACAUUAAGUGUGUCCCCCUUUUUUGUUGAGAACAUUAGUGAAAUGCAGUUAAAUUCAAUGAAGUUGGUAACAAAUAUUUUUUGUAAGUAUGAUAAACACAGACAACUUAUUUUGGAAGAUAUUUUUGCCUCUUUAGCUCGACUACCAUCCACUAAGCGGAACCUCCGCAACUAUCGCCUAAAUGCUGACGAGUCCAUACAAAUGGUGACAGCACUUGCCUUGCAGUUGAUCCAGUGUGUCAUUAAAUUGCCUUCACCAAAAUCUGUUGAGUCUGAAAUUUGUAUUGAUGAGAAACCUGUAGCAGAUAAAAAAGCAUUGGAGAAGAAAAAAAGGGAAGCAGAUGAUGAUGUCAUUAUUGUAACAUCAUACGAGACAGCCAUGAGAACUGGUUAUAACUUCCUCUCUGUCUUUCUUAAGAAAUGUACUGCCAAAAGUGAAGAUGACUAUCGGCCCCUUUUUGAAAACUUUGUUCAGGAUUUACUAUCUACAGUGAACAAGCCAGAAUGGCCAGCUUCAGAAUUGUUGCUUAGUCUUCUUGGGAGAAUUCUUGUACAGCAGUUCAGCAAUAAAUCUACAGAUAUGUCUUUGAGGGUUGCUUCAUUAGAAUAUUUAGGCAUAGUUGCUGCUCGUCUUCGCAGUGACGCCGUCACUAGUCAGACGAACCCAGAAAUGAUCGAGGAAAUUAUUUCAAAAAUAGACAAUGAAGUAACUGAAGAGAACGACUUUAAGAAAGAAGGCAAUACGGAAAGUCUUGAUGAAAUAAAGCAAACUCAAAGUUUACAAAAGGCCAUGUUGUAUUAUUUGGCUGAGAAUGGACAAAGUGAUCCAGCAUUAUUGUUUGCGAGACAGUUUUAUAUUGCCCAGUGGUAUCGGGAUCUCACUGUUGAAGCAGAAAAAUUACAAAAGAAAGUUUCACAACUAAAAGAAGAAGAUGAAGAUGAAAGGGCUGAAGAAGUGAACCAAACCUUAGAGAUUGCAGAGAAAGGGAAAACCUUUUUAAUGACAAUCAUUGAAGUCCCCAACAAGCCAGCAAAUAACAUGAGACAGUUACAGUGUAGAUUAGAUGCUGAAGAUUCAUGCCUUGUAGCACGCUACCUCAGCUCUAAGAGACCGUUUGCUCAGAGUUUUGACAUAUACCUAACUCAAAUUUUGCGUGUGCUCAGUGAAACAGCUGUGGCAGUACGAACAAAGGCUAUGAAAUGUUUAACAGCUGUUGUAGAAGCUGACCCUGGAAUUUUGGCGCGUGAUGAUAUGCAGCGUGGAGUGCAUGGGAGAUUUCUAGAUCAAUCGACAUCUGUCCGAGAAGCGGCAGUAGAACUUGUUGGAAAGUUCAUACUGAUUAAACCUGAAUUGAUCCCUAAAUAUUACGACAUGUUAUGUGAUCGAAUUCUCGAUACAGGUAUCAGUGUAAGAAAAAGAGUGAUAAAGAUUUUCAAAGACAUUUGCCUCGGACAACCUGAUUUUAACAAAAUACCUGAGAUGUGUGUGAAAAUGAUCCGCAGAGUAAACGAUGAAGAAGGCAUAAAAAAACUAGUCAACGAGGUUUUCCAAAUGAUGUGGUUUUGUCCUUUACGAGAGAAAGACUCUUCCAGACUUUUGAGACGUGUUGUGAAUAUUACAGAAGUUGUUGCUGCCUGUAAAGAUAGUGGUUUGGAGUUCUUUGAACAUUUACUGGAAAAUUUGUUAAAAAAAGAUGAUGACGGUCACUAUAAUAAGAGUGCUUUGUUGGCUUCUCAGCAAAUUGUUAACUGCCUUGUUGAAAAUGUCAUGAGCUUAGAAGAAAAGUCAGUGGAUGGUGAUAAUACUUCUCAUCCUCAGCGUUUGAUAGCAUGUUUGACCACACUACAUCUCUUCAGCAAGAUUAAACCUGAUCUCAUGGUUCAACAUGCAAUAACACUUCAGCCAUAUUUAAAUAUCAGAUGUAACACACAAGGUGACGUUAUGGUGCUGCAUUUUGUUGCACGUAUUCUUGAGAUGGUGGUGCCUCUUAUGGACCAUCCGAGUGAAACGUUUUUGGCACAACUCGAGGAAGACAUGAUGAAGUUGAUUCUAAAACAUGGAAUGAUGGUUUUACAGAGCUGUGUCAGCUGCCUUGGUGCCGUUGUUAAUAAUGUCAGUCAUAAUUAUCGACUUGUUAAAGAUUGUUUCCAGAAAUUCUUUGGAGUUCUUUCCAAGUUGAUGGCUGACCACAAAGAAAAUUCUAACAAUCCAACCCUUCAAAAGAGAAGACCUACAUUGCUGCGGUCACUUUUCACUGUUGGCCUUUUGUGCCGUCAUUUUGAUUUUGAUUCCAAGGAGAUGGGAGAGACAAAAGCAAAAGUUCCGAUAAAGGACCGAGUAUUUGAUGUUCUGUACUAUUUUAUUGAGCACGAAGACGAGGAAGUGCGUGUAAAAGCUUUGACUGGGCUUGGCUUCAUGUGUGUCCGUCAUUAUGAAUAUAUGCUUGGAAAAACACUGAAAGGACUCUAUUAUUAUCUCUUUACAAACAGUGAAGCAUCUAUAAAGCUGAAGAUCCAAGCAUUGCGAAAUCUGCACAGCUAUCUGGUCGAAGAAGAAACCAAGAUGAUCAUAGCUGAUGCUGAAUGGAGAAAACAAUGUAAAGCAGAAGAUCUACGAGACAUGGGAGAUUUACAGUCAGGAAUGGCGAGCACCAUCAUACAGGUGUACCUGAAACAAGUGCUUGAAUCUUUCAUUUGUGCCAAUUUCCAGGUACGACAGUCUGCUCUUGAUAUUAUUCAGCUUGUUCUUCGCCAGGGUCUCAUUCACCCUGUACAGUGUGUUCCCUAUUUAAUAACAAUGGGAACAGAAAUAGAUCCAAGCGUGAGGGUGAGAUCAGAUCAACAACUUCAAGAUAUUGAUAAGAAGUAUCCUGGGUUCAUUCAUAUGAAGGCUCUACAAGGUGUAAAGAUGUCAUAUAAAUUCCAAAGUAUCAUUCAAGAUCCUUCAGAGCCAGUUCGAGGCCUUAGGACCCAGGAUGCUGUCCAUCUUAGUUUAAAUGCAUUCCUUUAUACAGUUCUUCGAGCUAAUCGAACCUAUCGAAGAGCUUUACUCACUUCCCUUCUGAAUCUGUUUGAUGAUUCGGCACGUGCAUCACUUGAAGAACUCUUGUAUAUAGCUGAUAACCUUGCCUUUUUCGCUUACCAAUCUCAAGACGAACCAUUAUUUAUCAUUCAUCAAAUAGACAUCAUUGUCUCAGUGUCUGGCUCUAACCUGCUACAGUCUUUCAAAGAAUGCCUUCUUCCAAGGAAGGAUAUUGAUAGAAAGAAAGGGGAAACAUUUGAUGAUGAAGAUGAUGAAGAAAUUGAAAGCAUCAUGGAAAGAUUACCUGAGAACGUGAUGCCGCUGCAGGAGAUUUGCCGCAUCUCUCAAGGAUGUGUCCUGCUUCUUGUCCUGAAACAGCAUCUCAAAGAGUUAUAUGGUUUCACCGACACGAAAGUCCAUCGUUAUUCACCGGCAGAAGCAGCUAAAGUUUAUGAUAAGCCCUUGGCAAGGAAAUAUGCUAUAGAUUUUCAACCAAGCUCAACUAUUGAGUUACUAAAGAAAAAGCCAUCAGAUGUUAUUAGUGAUGAAGAGAAACGAAAAUUGGUUGAAGAAUUCAUUGAUUUCAAACAUUUAAUGUUGAGUAUUGACCCUCCAGAUGAUGAUGACUCUGACGACAAUGUCAAAACCAGUCCACAUACAAAGAGCUCGGUACCUGAAGGAGCUGAGAAUCAUGUCGAGUCUAAAGACGCCACUGAAAUGCAAGUCUCUGAUAAAGUUUCAGAUGGCUCUGAUGGGAUCAAACCUCGAAGCCAGCAACAACCAUCAUUUCAUCACACUCCUCGUAAUCAGCAUUACGCUUCUUUACUUGAAAAGAAAAAGAAAAUCAAACCGUCUCCCAAGUUAACUCCAAAACCUCCUGUUAAGAAGAAGGUGCGCAAGAAACGUCGUCGUCUGAGUGACAGUGAAGAUGACGGCGAUAGCGAUGAAGACCCUGACUUCAUUGCUUGAUUCAUUGUUGUUCAUUACUAGAAUGCAAAUCACUGAAAUAGUUGAGAUGAAGAGCAGCAGCAAAAGUGGUUUGGGUUAGGGUUAAGAGUUGGAAUUGUCUGUCGGGAGGGAAAUGGGGAUUGGGGUAUACAUUCUGGGCUGGUUAAUUUUCUUUCAUUGGAGGCUAAAACACCAUGAAACAUUGUAAAAUGAUCACUGUUAUAUGCAGAAUUACAAAAUGGUUAUAUAUAUAUAUAUAUAUAUAUAUAUAUACAUACACAUAAAAGGAUAACAAACUGAUUGAAAAUAUGGUAAAACAAAUUAUUUUUGUGCUAAAAUUUUGAAAACAAAAAUAAAAAUUUUACUGAAAUUUAUUUCCUAUCAUUGGAGAUGAAAUAACAAUAAAAAAAAGCAAAAAAAAAACAAAACAAACUAAAAAAUAGCCAUCCACAUUUAACGGCGUCAAAUAAAAUAUAACUAUCAAUUGACUUUUCAUGCCAUGUUGACUGGGGUUUAUUUUUCAUCAAAAUUCAUGGUUAUUGAACCCAAAAACACAACACUCAUUGGAGUUUUCAUUAACUCCAUAUAACACCUCCAUCGCUAAUAAUAAUAAUAAUAAUAAAUAAAAAUAAUAAUAAUAUUAUUAUUAUAUUAAUAAAAGACAAGACAAAACAUUAACACUGUAAUAAGCAUUUUGCUAAUAAUUAAAAAUAAAUUUUAUUAUCAUUUGCAGGGUUGUUUUAAACAUUUGUAUUUCAUACAUAAAUACACACACACAUAUAUAUGCACAAACUUUCAAUGAACAAAAUAUAAUUUUCCAUAUAUCUUGACUAGAAAACUUAAACAAAAAACCUGCAAGACACUAAACUGUCCCUUACCCCCAAACAUGUCCUAAAUUGAAAUUUGAAUUAUAUAUAUAUAUAUAUAUGAUGAUAUAUAUAUAUAUAUAUGUGCACAUACUCUGCAGGGUUUGAGUAACGGGACAUUACCCUAUUUCUUCAGACCACUGUUCUGAGAAUGGUAUAUUCUUAAACACAGUCCCAUCUCAGAAUUGAAAAAAAAAAAAAAAUCAAUAUUAAAAUAAAUAAAUAAAUAAAAAGGUAAAAAAAAA